AUGGCGGUGGUCUGGUACACACUUUUCAUCCUCAACACCAUCUCCAUUGCUAAUAAAGCCAUCCAGACCGCCGGAACAGCCUUAUAUCCCAACUGGUUCGCCGCAUACUUCGUCCCCUUCCUCCACCGCAACAACGCAAUCGCCGUCCUACCCAACUACCGCCUUACUCCAGAACACAGUGGCUCCGACAUCCUCACAGACAUCGCCGACUUCCACACCUGGUUCAGAGAAAAUCUACCCUCCUAUCUCUUCACCAAAAACCCCUCCGUUGAGCUAGACUUCGCCCACGUCCUCGUCCACGGCGACAGCGCAGGCGGCUGGUGCGCGCUGCAAUCCAUCCUCACGCAACCCCAAGGUACAUUCACUGCAUGCUUCUUACAAUACCCCGUGACAAGCGCGUUCCCUACGUCGCCAGACGACAUCCUAAUGGGCCAAUCCAUCCCGCCCAAAUCCACGCUCGACGCCUUCAUCGCGUCCAUACCCCCUGGCUCGAUAACGAGCAGCGCCACGCCCCCCUCGCGUGCAUGGCUUGCACCGAUGCUGCGCGCCUACGGCCGCUGGGGGGAAUUCUUCGGGGAGGGGAAACAUAUCAUGCCUGAUACGGCGGUGGAAGACGCGAGGUUUUGGGUGCCGAUGUGGAUUAUACAUGGAAGGGAUGAUAGCGUUGUGUCGGUAGAGUGGACGGAAAAGUUUGUGGAGAGGGUGAGGGGAAGGUUUCCGCAUGUAAGGGUGGAGGUUGUAAGUCCGGAAGGGGAUCAUGGGUUUGAUGCGGAGUUGUGCGAGGAGGAUGCGGGGUGGUUAGGGGAGCUGUUGAAGGGGGUUGAAGGGGGGUGGUUGGGGUGA